GCUUUAUGAUCUCGCGCACAAUGAAGUCAGAGAUGUCCGUUUGCCCAUAUAGAUAAUACUCCUCUCUUUAAUUUGCAAUUGCAUCUAAUUUUCAAUGCCUCACAACCAAAUCUUCCGUUGUUAAAUUUUAACAUUUUUUAUUUUUCUUUUGGUCGCUAUAACACCCUACAGCACAAUGGGAAUCCCACAUUCGACCGCGCGCUGGUUAGCGCCUCUAAGCUUUGUCGUGGACUUUGCGGCACAACAAUAUGGCAUCUAUGGCUCAUCUCCCAACAUGAAGCAGGUGCACGAUGCCAACAUGUCAUUCUUCUCUCCUCAGGCCUACUUUAUCGGUGCCUUUUUCUUCCCCCAACAGAUUUUUCAGGCCGCAUGGCUCUGGAAAUUGUGGCAUGCUGAUCCCGAGGAGGAAGACACGAAGGAGAUGGUCGACUUUGCCCCAUACUAUGCCGCAGGAAACUUCUGCAUUGCCGCCUGGAUGAUAUUUUGGUGCAACAAUGACCUCAAGACCUCCAACUAUUUUGUCAUUGCCAACAGCCUGAUGCAGCUCUUUUACGUCUUUGGUCGACUGCGGCCAAUGCGGCUCGACUCGACUCGCUCGAUCCUCAACACCGUGGUAGCAGAGACAUUUGCUGGAAUUGGCGUGCUUGACCUGCUGCACAACACUGCGGCCGGUUUUUUCGUACACGAACGCCCGUCCGGGGCGGUCCAGGCGUUGACGGCUGUGGGUUUUGCAUCCCUGGCUGCGAAGAGCGACUGGAUCUUUGGGGGGUGUCUCGUGUACGAUUUAGUCGCAUUGGCCGUGGGACAGUCUCAAUACGGCGAUCCGGGUUGGUCAAAGAUGCUCGGUGCCUACGCCAUUGGAACUGCUGGGAUUGUUGCGGCGCGGAAUUACUUUCGCCCGCCCUACGUCAGGUCAAGCGGGUACGAACCCGUUCGAGGCACAGGCCGAUCGACGUAGAAAAGGGACUGCGUGAUCACAUACAACACCCAAAAAGUCAAUUCAGCCAGUACAAAUGUGGAUAAGUGGCUGGACCCUUUUUUUGUAACAAUAUUUCACAUACCUACCUACUUAUUGGGUUACCUAUCCACAUACCCAUCUACAUUCUUAUCUACUCAACUUGGUGUUAUCAUACAACCUACUUCUUGCUGUUUAAAUACAUACCUACUUGCUUGAUAGUUUUAUAUUACAAGUCGCAUCUCGCACUAUUCUGCA